GAGUAGAACCCUAUCAGGACCCUCAUCGAAAAGAAAAGAGAGCAUUUUCUCUCUCUUCCACUCGUCAUUCUUCGUUUCCAGAUUUCACAAUCAGUGCCCAGAGCUUGUGUAGCUGUAGUUACAGCCUUUGGAUUGCAAGGAAGGUUAAUGAAAGGGUUGUGCAGAUCUGGUGAUGAAUAAAAUGACCAUAAUGAAGAGGAAUAAGAGAUCUACUUCAGAUAUAAUCAGUCAUCUGCCAAGUAAUGUCACUGGAAAUAUUUUGAAGGGCUUGCCGCUGAGGGAUGCAGUGAGGACAAGUGUCUUGUCGAGGAAAUGGAGGUACAAAUGGGUAACGCUUCCAGAACUAGUUUUUAAUGACAAGUUCUUCCUUGAAGGGUGGGACAACGGAAAAGUCAAGGGAGUUAUUUACCAAGUUCUACUUUUUCAUCGAGGGCCAUUAGUUAAGUUCAACCUGUGGUAUCGUCCGCUUGAAAGCUGUCUUGAUAUCAACAAUUGGAUCUUUGUCCUCUCAAUGAAAAAUAUCCAGGACUUCACUUUUUCCCUUCAUGGCGGCCCGCGCCAUGAAAUUCCUUGCCACUUCUAUUCAUUUAUGCAACUGAGGGAUUUGGAUCUCGAAAUUUCAGUUACUUUGGGUUCCUGGGAUAAACGGCCCGAGCAAGAAACAGACAUCGAAUGGGCGAAGUUCUUCCAUUCUUUACCUGCUAUUGAGGACAUGCACUUGGAUAGCUCCAUUUUGGAGAGAGACUUCCAAGUACUUUGGACCAACUCAAAGUUCUGGUUUUAUCUGAUGUUUGUUAUUUCAAUCUGGAUCAUGUCUCAUGGGCUCUUUGCUUGCUUAGAAGCUCGCCAAACCUACAUAAACUACGAAGCAGUAUAAUGGACAAUGACAUCACCCCAAUCGAGGAUAAUGUUACAGAAUUUUUGCAAGCGCAAGAUUUUUCCAAAUUUUCACUGAACCGGCUUCGAGAAGUGGAGAUCCGGCAUUUUUCAGGUGCAGAGGCCGAAAUGCACUUUGUCAAGAUUCUGUUAGCACAUUCAAAGGUACUCGAGAAGAUGGCAAUAUUGCAUGAGCACGGAAUGUGUGCCGAAAAAGGAUUUGCAAUGGUAAAAGAGUUGAUACGAUUUCCUAGAGCAUCUCUGAAAGCAGAAUUCAUCGUUAGUGAGACCCCUGAUGAGUGAAGGUACUUGUUUAAGUGUCAAAUGCUAUUUUUGUUGGGAGUAGGUACUAGCUACAAAUAUUCAUUUGGGCAAAUUACGGUAUGGGGCAAGAAAUCAACCGUUUCGGUUGCAUCUCUCUUUUAGAUAAUAUCGCGGUUCCAUUUUUUGAUGACACGAUAAGUUCCAUAGCUUUAUUGUGUACAUUUGGUUAAGAAAACUUUAUUGUGUACAUUUGGUUAAGAAAACUAUGUUAUCAGCUAUGUGUGAGAGUUGUCCUAUUUUUUCUCA